AAACCUGACUAACAGUCGCCGCGGGCCCAAACUGGGUCACUACCCCGACUACUCCUCCUCCUCCUACAUCGAGGACCAGGAAGGGGGCGUGCUCAAGAACCUGCCGACCGACGCCCCUUCCUCAUCUGGCCCCGCCUCCUCCUCGGCCGCGGGCGCGGUCAGCGGCACCGCCGGCACGGGCGGAGAGAAGAACCGGAACUCCAUCAACUACGAGCGCCAGCAGGCCCAGCAGCUGCACUCCAGCGGCAGCAUGAGCCUGAGCGGGGCCUCUAGCGCCACCUGCAGCACCACACUGGGCACUACGCCCGGCUCCGCUCUCAUGGCCACCAUCUCCGAGGCGGGGCGCGGGGAGGAGGGCGUCCUGGGGGGGAUGGGACUGGGCUCGGUUCUGCCCCCCUGUCUGCAGCUGACCCAGGAGGACCUGGAGACCACCAAGCUGGACCCGCGCGAGGUGGACAAGAACCUGAAGGAGAGCUCCGACGAGAACCUGAUGGAACACUCGCAGAAGCAGUUCAGCGCGCCCGACCCGCUGGGCCCUGCCGGCGGCAGCUUGCUCUACCCGCUCAUCAAGCUGGCCGCGGAGGUCACCGCGGGGUCAGGGGUCAAUGCAGGGUCAAGCGGGGACUUCGGUGGCGUGGGGGCAUCGGGGGGUGAUCCCCCAGUGGCCAUGUUCCCACUGCCCAAGCAGCAGAACCUCCCCAAGCGUCCCACCAGCCUCCCCCUGGGGUCCAAGCACCCGCGCGAGGCCGCCUCUUCGUCGUCGUCUUCGUCAUCCUCGUCCUCCUCCCGCCUCCGACUCAACAAGCACAAGUCCAACCUGCGGCAGGUGGAGACCGGCGUGGCCAAGAUGAACGCCGCCCCCGUCACCACCGCGGGCAACGAGCCCCAGCUAGUCACCGUGGGCAACGGUGCCCUGGUCGGCGGCGGCGGGCGUGGUGUUGCUAACGGAUAUGCUGGAGGAGGAGCAGGAGGCGGCGGCGCCAUGGCAGCGGUCGUCGGGGGCAACACGAACCCCGUGGGUCCCCAGCAGGAGGAUGCGGGUCAGGGGUCGUCGAUGGCGACGCCAACGCAGCUGAGCACAGACGGAGACGGCCGCCUGCACGCCUGCAUCGGCUCCAGCCCCGACGAGCACGAACCACUGCUGCGCACAAACAACAACAACAACAACAACAGCAACAACAACAACAGCAGCCUGAGCGCGGCUGGCACACACGCGCGCCCGCUCACACACACGCGCGGGCUCAGCAGCACACACACAGACGCCGCGGCCCCCGUCCACAUGAGGCCCCAGAGCAGGAGCCGCAGAGCAGACAGGCCAAACUCACUGGAGCUCACCGCCUCAUCCAGUGAACAGGAGACGUCUGUCAGUG